CAUGCAAACUCCGCACAGAAAGGCCCUCGCCGGCCACGGGGCUCGAACCCAGGACCUUCUUGCUGUGAGGCGACAGCGCUAACCACUACACCACCGUGCCGCCUGUUUAACUAUAUAUAUAUAUAUAUAUAUAUAUAUGCAACACCGUGUGUGUGUGUGUGCGUGCGUGCGUGCAUGCGCGCGCCUGUGUGUGAAAGCUGUGCACUGCAGUGCGCAAAAGUGCGCUGGUCCAGGAGAGCGAGAGUAUGCAUUGCUUUUUUUUUUUAAAUAGAGACCCCCAUAGGGUCAAAUUUAUAAUUCGAACCCUGCUUUGUGGCGGGUUUCAUAGUGACGACGCAGAUUAUAUUCUUUGAAAACCGGCACACUUUCUUUACAUACAAGACAAACUGCACGGUCCUUACACUGAACGAAAAAAUAAUCGGUGGUCCACUGUUCUUUAAAAACUCUGCACUCUCUGUCAGCUUUUCGCUGACCGCUCGCCAUUUUGCUGUCCUGAACACUGACAGUUCUCUGCGCGUGCGCUGCCUGUCACUGCUUGAUCGCGAGCAUAUGGCGAAAAUUCGGAAAAUAUGAAUAGUUCAUUUUAUAACUAAAUAUCAAUUUUAAUUGAUAAAAUCAACAAAAUACAAGAUGCAGACAUGUUAUUAUUUGCCAAAAAGCAAUUUAAAAAAAUAGGCCAUGACCACUUUUGGGGAUUGCCUCAUAGGGCCGGUUCAAGUGAUGGGGGGCAGAGGGGCUGGGGGCCGGUCAAAGGGGGGUGGCGGGCCGGAUCUGGCCCGCGGGCCGUAGUUUGGUGACCCCUGGUCUAGGCCGUUCACACCCAGCCCCCAGUGACCCACACCAACAGGAGGACUCAACCACACCUUAGGAUUGCUUUUCAUCCAUGAGAGGAUAAAUACCUGAUACUCCCUAUUAGUCAGACAGAACUGAAGAAGCCUUUUGGAUGAGAGGUGAAACGUCUUCAAGCAAGUCCAGUUGCUCUCUUUUACCACCCACAGUUUACUAUGACCUGGAUGACUGAGAAUCUUCACAGACAGAUCUAAAGUGAAUACUCGUACAUGUAGACACAUCCAGUAUAAGUCAUUUGUGAAUGUGUAAAAAGUGCUGCUGUGUUUUCUCCUGAUGCUGUUGAUUUGAUGCCACUUGCUGAGCUCUGAGGAACUCGGACCAGGACACUGAGCUGAACUGAGGAGUUUUCACGGACAGGACAGACGUGCACAGCUCCCUUUUUACCAGCAGAUGGUAGCAGCAGGCUGCGAUCAGGAAUCAGAACCACACCGCCUUUCCCCAGCACAUUAUGAGAUCCCGAUGCACACCUGAUCCUCUGAUGGGAAUGAUGGUGGGAAUUCUCACUCCCAGCUAUCAUCGUGCACAAAGCUAGCAGGAAGUCCACAUCCUGUUUCUGCGUGGCCGGAUUGGAGAAGAUGCAGCGGAAGAAGUUGGGCUUGUCUCCGAGAGGCUGGUAGCCGAUCAUGGCCGCGCCCUUCUCCAUCAGCUUGGCUUUGAUCUUUGGCGCGAUCUGGAAAAAAAAUGGAGUUUAGUUUCAACUUCUCAUCAUGAUGAAGGACCCGGGGACAUGUUCCUCACUCGGCUCGGCAGGUACCAGAAGCACACAUUACUGUGUUCAGGCUGAAGAGACAGAUAGGAAGACAAGUCAUUACCUUCUCUCUCAAAAUGAGACAUGUGGUAACUCAGAAGAUUCCGUCUCCCUGUUCAGACCAGCCGAUGAUGGACCGCAUUUUCUUCAGAAUGACUUCCUCCAUCAGAAUAAACACUGGAGCAACCUCAAAGUUGAUGUGAGCCAUUCUCCUGCCAGUCCAAUGAUGUCCAGUCCACUUGAGAGCUGGUUGAAGAAUCGUGGAUGACCUGGAGGUUAAGAAUAAAAAAAGGAAGGUCAGGACAGGAUCUCUGGACUAGUGUGCUGAAUGCGGUAUAGAAUCUACGAAAGAGAGGUUUAGCAUUAUGUCCUGCAGAUCAAAGAAAUGCAAAGCAACAUGUACGUGAUGAAGCCACCGCACUAUAGAACUCCGUCUCCACCACGCCAGUCAGAGAGAGACUCUGUUAUCUCAGUCUCUGAUUGGAUGCUGGAGAUAGAGGAGGAGUCAGUGAUCACAGUGCAGAACAAGGGCUAAGAGGGAAAGUGUCAAUCUGCCAUCAGAUGCUCCAGAGAUCAGGUGCCUACCUCAGAUUCCUGCAUCUUCCCCUUCUUCUUUUUCUUCCUCUUCUUUUAUUUCUUCAGUUGCUUUCUCUCAACCUCAACCCUCCUUUAAGGCUCUCUCUUUCCAUAUUCCUUCAAAUACUGCUCUCUCAUUUUGUCACGCAUGAGGAGGACAGAGUGUGUGAGAGUUAAAUAAUAGCUGCUGGAAAGCUCGCUGAUGCUCGAGGAUGACACAGGGACUUCUGUGCACAGAGAAAGAGCGUCUCUUUAGAUUCCUUUAGAACUCAGACAGAGAUGGAGGACAUGGAAAAGACUCGCAGUGUAGAAUAAAUGCUGGAGUAGAUAGAAAGCUGAGGACCGUGUUGAGGAGAUCCUGCAGAUAUGAACAUCUCUGAGCACCACGGGCUGCACCAUGCCUACCGGAACCACAGCCUGGGCGUGCAGAUUGGAAACAAAGCCACCUCAGGGGAAAGGAACUCUGCGUCAGGCUGCUACGAGCAGCUGUUGAUCUCCACUGAGGUCUUCAUCACGCUAGGGUUGGUCAGCCUUCUGGAGAACAUCCUGGUCAUCGCAGCCAUAAUCAAGAACAAGAACUUCCACUCACCCAUGUACUUCUUCAUCUGCAGCCUGGCGGUGGCUGACCUGCUGGUGAGCGUGUCGAACGCGACGGAAACGGCUGUGAUGGCACUGAUCACCAGCGGCAACCUGACCAUCUCUGGAGACAUUGUGAAAAGCAUGGACAACGUGUUUGACUCCAUGAUCUGCAGCUCACUCCUGGCCUCCAUUUGGAGUCUCCUGGCUAUCGCUGUGGACCGCUACGUGACCAUUUUCUAUGCCCUGCGCUACCACAACAUCAUGACCCAGCGUCGAGCAGCGCUCAUCAUCGUAUGCAUCUGGAGCUUCUGCUCAGCAUCCGGUGUACUCUUCAUCAUCUACUCAGAGAGCGCGACAGUCCUCAUCUGCCUCAUCAGCAUGUUCUUCACCAUGCUGGCCCUCAUGGCCUCGCUUUACGUGCACAUGUUCCUACUGGCACGGCUUCACAUGAAACGCAUCGCCGCUUUACCAGGGAACGGCCCAGUGUGGCAGGCGGCCAACAUGAAGGGCGCCGUGACGCUUACUAUCCUGCUUGGGGUGUUCGUCGUGUGCUGGGCACCAUUUUUUCUCCACCUCAUUCUCAUGAUCUCUUGCCCCAGGAACCCGUACUGUGUCUGCUUCAUGUCGCACUUCAACAUGUACCUGAUUCUGAUCAUGUGUAACUCAGUGAUCGACCCGCUCAUCUACGCCUUCAGGAGUCAGGAGAUGAGGAAGACCUUCAGGGAGAUCUGCUGCGGCUGGGCUUCGGGAUGGAGCUGCAGCUGGAGUUGCAUCAGCUUCAAUGAGAGGCUUAACAGCUAUUAACUGGACGUCCUUGUUUUUGAUCGUCGCAUCGUGAAGGCGAGGUUGAUUCACUCUUCGUUCAAGGCUGCUCAUUGGUGAAACGACUUCACCACCAACUUCGGUCUACGUUUGUUCAGUAACAUCUAACAACCUUGAAUUUGCUCUGAAGUCAUUCCUGGAUAAAAUCUUAGAUACCUGCCUUCUUGAAAAAAAAAUCAAAUCAAAUCAAUGCAAUCUUGCAGGACGACUCUAGAGUCAUUGUAACCUGUAAUUAUCCAAUUGAGCGAGGUAAUUGCGGACUUCAUAUCAAACAGCCGGCUUCUUCUCAGUCUCGAGUCUCAUUCGCUCCCUGCUGGUGGAUUUUUGCUCAUAUUAGUUCAUCUAAUCUAAUUUAGGGUUUGUAUCGUGUUGUGAAACGGCUGUGACUCUCUGUAGCUUAUCUUCUGUUAUUGAUCUAACUAACUAACUAACUGUGAUAAGUGAUUAUGAGUAGAGUUAAAUCUUUCUGCACAUCCAGCUGGAAUAUGUAUCUGAAAACAACACCAUCAGUGUAUCAGAAACAUAUAGAGAGAGUUUAAUUUAUAAAUGUCAAACACAGCAGAUACACACUGAGCUCUUUGCAUUAAGGCCAGAUUUUUAUUGUGAUAUCAUGUAUCGUGAGAUAUAAUAAGUAAUA